AUGUCGACUUCAUGGUCUGAAGAACGUGUGGAGAGUACAGGAGCUGCGGCAAUAAAAGACGAGGUCAAGGACGCGCUAGAUUUGUCUGCAGACGAAUCCGCUCCAUCUGAUCUCAAAGGACUUUUUCGGAUAGGGAGCAUUAGACCAGAUCUCGAUAGUGGCCUGCUUGAUUCUGAGUGUCAUUGGGGGUCAGAAAGACCAACGAACUACGAUUAUUUGACAUACAACCUUCGGAAAAAACGAGGAAGUCCUCCUCCUAGCGAAGAACUAUACGAAUCAUUUAGGUUUGCUGCUGCAACCAUGAAUGGCAACGAAUCUGCAAUAUUCAAUGCAGCGAAGGUCUUCUUUAAAGAUCGGGACAAGAUUGAUGGAAAUGAAAUUAGAAAACAUGGUCAGAUGAUCCAGCGGGAGUUUGAGUCACCCACGCCGUACCUGGUCGGAGGAUUUCGCGUCGGUCAAGAAUAUCUAGAAGAAUUGUAUGAAAGGUUCGACGGAGCGGCCGAUACGACCAGGGACGAACGGACACAAUCACCAGCACAUUCUGCAGAGCAGCGCACGCCUAAUGAUACUUCAUUUGGCUACGUAGCCGCUCGUCUGAGAUGUAUAGGGGCAUACUUUGUUGAGGAACGACGACUAGCUAUUCGCUGUUUGAAGAGAUGGUCCCCCAAUGCAGCAUACUACCGGUUUGACGAGAAAGAUCAUGCCCACGUCUUUACUUUCAUAAUCAGUGAAUCUUGCAUUACUCUCUUCGCAAAUUUUGGUCGAACAGGCUCGAAUGUAGAGGCACAGGAUGAAGCUGGAAUAUAUCUAGAAUAUCACAUGUCCGAGCUUCUCUGCCUUUCUCCAGCGACAUCGUAUGAAACAUUCAAGGAAGCAUGGACAGCACUGAGAAAUGCCGAAGAAUAUUCGAAACAGCCAUUCGUUCCGAUCGACCUGGAAAAGCAAAAAAGCGUGCAGGUAGCUGCGUGGGAAGCCUUUGAUACAGAGAAGAAGAACGAUGAUACAGAGGAUUUUAAGUCAGUGCUUGCUCGCAGGCGGAUGCUGGCUAUUGAGGCGUGGAGGUCUGAGGAGGAAAUGAUUAAAAGUAGGAGGAACCUCGAUGGGAUGGGGCCAGAUGACAGGGAAGCCUAUUUCAAAUUGCAGCAAGUGAGGUAUCACUGA